AUGACCCAACGAUCUUCUGUCACCAUCAAGUCAGGAGGCACUCGGAACUUCAGUGCUUCCUCGGCCAGCCUCCUCCCAGGCUGCCGGCCCAGCUUCAGCUCUGUCUCCGUCUCCCAGGGUGGAAAGAGCUUUGGGGGUGGCUUUGGGGGUGGCUUCGGGACCAGGAGCCUCCACAACUUUGGAGGCAGCAAGAGAAUCUCCAUCAGUGGAGGCUACCGCUCCAACCGGGCCAGCGGUGGGGGCGCUGGCUAUGGGCUGGGUCUCGGAGGCAUGGGCUACAGGGUUGGGGGAGCCUUCGGUGGGUAUGGAUUUGGAGCUGGGAUGAUGCCUGGCUCUGGGGGCAUCCAGGAGGUCACCGUCAACCAAAGCCUCCUGACCCCCCUCCACCUGGAGAUAGAUCCCUCUCUCCAGCGGGUACGAAAGGAGGAGAGGGAACAGAUCAAGACCCUCAACAACAAGUUUGCCUCCUUCAUUGACAAGGUGCGGUUCCUGGAGCAGCAGAACAAGGUCCUGGAGACCAAAUGGAGCCUCCUGCAGGAGCAUAAAACCACCAGGGCCAAUAUCGAGCCCAUGUUUGAAGCCUACAUCAGCAACCUGAGGCGGCAGCUGGACUGCCUGGGUGGAGAGCGGGCACGGCUAGAGACGGAGCUCAAGAACAUGCAGGACGUGGUGGAAGACUUCAAGAACAAGUACGAAGAAGAAAUCAACAGGCGCACGGUAGCAGAGAACGAGUUUGUGGUGCUCAAGAAGGACGUGGAUGCUGCCUACAUGAACAAGGUGGAGUUGGAGGCCAAGGUGGAUGCCUUAAUGGAUGAAAUCAACUUCCUGAGAGCUUUCUAUGAUGCGGAACUGGCUCAGCUUCAGGCCCAGAUCUCAGAAACCUCCGUGGUGCUGUCCAUGGACAACAACCGCAAGCUGGACCUAGACAGCAUCAUCUCUGAGGUCAAGGCCCAGUAUGAGGACAUCGCCAACCGCAGCCGGGCCGAGGCCGAGUCCUGGUACCAGAUCAAGUACGAGGAGCUGCAGCGGUCUGCGGGCCGCCACGGGGAUGACCUCCGCACCACCAAGAUGGAGAUCUCCGAGCUGAACCGUGUGAUGCAGAGGCUGCGCUCUGAGAUUGAUAACCUGAAGAAACAGUGUACCACACUCCAGAACGCAAUCGCUGAUGCCGAGCAGCGCGGGGAGCUGGCCCUCAAGGACGCCAAGCACAAGCUGGCCGAGCUGGAGGAUGCCCUUCAAAAGGCCAAGCAGGACAUGGCCCGGCAGCUGCGGGAGUACCAGGAGCUCAUGAACGUCAAGCUGGCCCUGGACAUCGAGAUCGCCACCUACCGCAAGCUGCUGGAGGGCGAGGAGUGCAGACUCACUGGGGAAGGUGUCGGACCUGUGAACAUCUCCGUGGUCUCCUCCACCGGAGGCACAGGCUACAGUGCAGGUGGCGGUGGCCUCUGUGUGGCCGGAGGCGGCUACAGCAGCAGCCUGGGCUACGGCGGGGGCGGCGGCUUUAGCUCCACCAGUGGCCGCAGCAUGAGUGGCAGCAGCUCCAGCAUGCGUAUCAUCUCCAAGACGUCAUCCACCAAGAAGAGUUACAGGAGCUAA